AUGUACCGGGAUUACUCUAACAGUUCCCCCAAACCAGGCAAGACGUACCUCGGCGGACGUGGAAAGAUGGAGUCGCUAGUUUCCAAGUACAUUUCUAUUGCCAGCGUCGUGGCGGCUUAUUGGGUGAUAUCAAUUUCUAUGGUGUUUGUCAACAAGUAUUUACUGAGUAGUGAAGACUUAAAGCUCAAUGCUCCUCUGUUUGUGACCUGGUUCCAGUGUGUGGUCACUGUGCUGCUGUGUAUUUUAUUGAGUUUAGCAGGGCAGAUCUUCCCGGACAAGAUCAAGUUCCCAGCGGUGAAGAUAGAAGCUAAGCUUCUUCGAGCGACUCUGCCGCUGUCCAUCAUAUUUGUGUGCAUGAUCACCUUCAACAAUCUGUGUCUCAAGUAUAUUGGGGUGGCCUUCUACUUUGUUGGUAGAUCACUAACUACAGUCUUCAAUGUGAUAUUUACAUAUCUUCUGCUCCAACAAACGACAUCAGGGAAGGCGUUGUUGUGCUGCGCUGUCAUCAUCGCAGGGUUCUUCAUGGGAGUUGAUCAGGAAGGAGCAUCAGGGACUUUGUCUGUCAUCGGUGUUGUGUUUGGUGUUCUGGCCAGCGCCAGUGUCGCCCUGAAUGCCAUCUACACCAAAAAAGUCUUACCCUUUGUAGACAACAACGUUUGGCGACUGACCCUGUACAACAACAUCAAUGCCUGCAUUCUCUUCAUUCCCAUGAUGAUUGUCUUUGGUGAGGUGAAGGAGAUCUACAAUUUCCCCUUGCUGGGCUCUCUCAACUUCUGGAACUGGAUGAUCAUUAGUGGCAUUUUUGGAUUUGCCAUCGGCUAUGUCACAGGCCUGCAGAUUCAGGUGACGUCCCCUCUGACACACAACAUCUCGGGGACAGCAAAAGCUUGUGCACAAACCAUCCUGGCCUGUAUUUAUUUUCAUGAUGUCAAGACUAACUUGUGGUGGCUCAGCAACAUGGUGGUCCUGUUUGGAUCGGCAGGUUAUACAGAGGUCAAGCGCCGGGAGAUGAAGAAGGAUCAUUUAGAAAAAGUCGCCGGGGCAUUAAAAAUAGAAGAGGUUAGUGUUGAGCUGGAUGAAGCCAAGAAGCCGUUAGUUUGA